CUGGUUCUCCCAGCAUAGUACGUGGGAUAGUUUUGUAAUAUAUCUACCAACGGAACCGGCGUUGCUCAUUCGGGUUCACGCUGAUGCAAAUCAAGAAGGAUAUUGGUUCACUGUGGAAAAAAAAUUAGUGACAUACUCCCUGCCUCCAUCCUUCUAUAAAUACACUGGUAUAUCUUCCAUUUAGUUGCUAAAACGUUGUAUCCCGCCACUGAGAGAAAAGACAAAAGACAACAUCUUUUUCACGCACCUAAUAGCUCACCAGAAACGAGGCACAGCUACCACACCCACCUCCCAACUAGUCCUUAGCCGUACGGACACUGACACAGCUAUAAGGCACUCCAUCAUUAGCUUCUCUCUUGCACCACCCACAAUGAACCCAUCUGGGAGUUCAAACCAGCACAAUAACUUCAGCUCACAGCUGCGACCCCAGUCAUUGCCUCCCGUUCGAGCCAGCGUCCCGCGGCUCCUUGUGGAUCUUCUAAACACCGAGAACCCUUCGCCGGCCAAUGGCCUUAAUACCAUAAAUUCAGCUUCCGGGGCGUCAGAAGAUCCCGAAGCCGAUGCUCGUUUCUUGAGGCUUGCCUCAGAGGCGUUAGCUGCUACUCAGACCCAGCAGGGCGGUCAGGACAAUAACACGGGGGAGAUCGAUUCCACUAUUUCGGAUUUGUUAAAGAGGCUACAAUACUAUUGCUCCCCGCACGGGCAGACAUCCAACGUGACUGACUUCUUCCAGCUCGGAGGGCAGCCCGGUAUUGACCUCCCUAACGUUCCACUCGAUGAUGGCAGCCACGGAAUGUAUUACGGCAAUGAACCUCACAAUGAUGCCACAAAUGGACACUUUGACCGUGACCAUGUUAGCACCAGUCCUUCUAGCAGCUUCAAAGUGGCGGAUGAUUACUCAGUUUACAACCUUGAUGCCUUCAAACAGAAUGCAAGACAACAAGAAAGCGGAAAUCUCAACCCACGGGGUGCCAUCAGCCACAACCAGUUUUUAACCAAACAGCCCGAGCCACCUUCGGCAUGGGACUUCCUGGAAACCAAUCUAAACGCAUUGAGCCCACCACCUAGUUUCCCUGACUACUCACUGUCAAGGUUUUACGCCACUGAGCACGUGGCACACCGGUCGGAGGAGUAUCCAGCGCCUCGGACGUCUGGCAGUAUCGCCCACACCAACCUCAUCGAAGGCGAGCGGGAGAAUUUCUACACAAAACGCCCUAGCUCGGUUGUUUCAGAUUCAAGCUCAUCUACAUCCACCGGGAGCAGCAGGGAUAACCAUGGGGGAAGGAAGCCCUACAUCUGCUCAAAUUGCUUGCUUUCCUUCAGACGGUCAUCGGACUUGAGACGGCACCAAAAAGCCCAUCUAGUUAUCUUACCGAAUAUCUGCGAUAACUGUGGAAAAGGGUUUGCCAGGAAAGACGCAUUGAAGCGGCAUACGGGCACAUUGACGUGCAAGCGAAACCGGGAAAAGAACUACCACAUGAAGAAUUUGGAGUUGCUACAGCAGCUGAUAAAAUAGUGGACCCUUUAUGUGGAUUAUUUCACGAGGGAUACCUAGGGUGGUAAAAUAUAUGUUUUAUUUUCCUAACAGCGGCCGGAAAAAAUACCAUACGUGAACGAGUAUAUACCUUUUAAAGUUGAGAAAUAGAAACCAACACUAGUCGGUUAAGCCACAUACAUAUUGAUAGUCAGUGACCUUUUUCUUAUUUAACCAGUGAGAGUGCCA